AUGGAAACAGACGGAACCAAAAAAAAAGAAUUGGAAUACGCAGAAAUUCUAAUGAACACUGACCAAGUUAAUGGGAAAUAUCAUUCAUUUCGCGAUGAUAUUAAUAAAAUUCCUUUUCAUAAAAUGUAUGCAGCAUGUUCUGGUGCAAUUCUAACAUCAGUAUUUACCACACCAUUGGAUGUAAUAAAAACUCGACUGCAAUCUCAAAAUCAGGCUAGGAGACUAUUUUCAACUUCUAUUUCUGGAGCAACAGCAUCUGCAUCUUCACCUGCGUUCUCUUCUUCGUUCACAAAAUGUUGUCACAAUGUCUUCUUUACCCCACAAAAUUUACAACGAGAUCUCAUUUGUCGAAUCCCAAAUCAGGCAGCCGCAUCGUCGUCUUUGUCGUGCGCGUAUAUGGAUACUCCCGCUUUAGAGGCUGCACACGGGACUACAAGUAGACAAUUGAAUGGGCUUUUGGAUGGUGUUAUAAAAAUUGUGCGCUAUGAAGGAAUAUCUUCCCUAUGGCGAGGCUUAUCUCCCGCACUCGUCAUGUCGGUACCAUCAACAGUCAUAUACUUUGUAGGAUAUGAGUAUCUACGUGAUACAAUAUGGAACCGGUGGAAAGGGAAGAAGGCUGAUACUUAUGCACCAUUAAUUGCUGGUGCGUGUGCGAGAACCGUGGCGGUCACUGUCAUAUCCCCGAUAGAACUAUUUCGAACACGUCUACAGGGACCUGAGGGAACAAAUGGUAUACGGGUAGUAAUGAACGGCGUCAAAUCGAUGGUUCGGUCGUAUGGUAUAAAAUCUUUGUGGCGUGGAUUGGGUCCUACAUUAUGGAGGGAUGUACCAUUUUCAGCUAUUUAUUGGACUGGUUAUGAAUCGAUUAGACGAAAUAUACAUAAAAGAUAUUAUAUGUCUGAUGAUGGACGAGGAGAAUCACAGGAAUUUAAAGUUGCUUUUAUUAGUGGCGCGAUUUCUGGAAUGAUCGCAGCGACACUAACAACACCGUUUGAUGUUGCAAAAACAAGAAGACAAGUUGCUUUGCAUACGAAUGCAAAAAAUAACUCCAUGUUACGAAUAAUGCAGAGUGUGGCAAAAGAGGAAGGAUUUUCGGGGUUGAUGCGAGGCGUAGUACCACGUGUCGGAAAAGUGGCACCCGCGUGCGCGAUCAUGAUAAGUUCCUAUGUGUUUUUCACUUCGCCGAAAUCCACCUCAUCAACUAUUUAA